GUCAAUUUCAGUCGUCAUCUUUCUCUCUCCUCUUCAACCCACUUUCUCUUUCUCGCUUGCUUGCUCUACUACCUCACGUUACGCUUUCUCCCUAUCAAUUUCGUCGCUUUUUAUUCCAGAUUUUUUCGGGUUUUGAAUUAAUUGAACCUUAGGAUUCCAUAUACUUCAAGAAUUACAACUACCCAGAUUAUAAAGAUUCAGUUUUUCCGACCAUUGUUUCAAGCAUUGAGUCCUAGCUUGAGUUAUCUCUCACAAAAUUAUGACCAAUGUUGUGGAGGAUGAAGAAUCAUUUAACAGACCGAUUGGACGAUGGCCUGUUUUCGUCUAUGGUGUAGGUCACAUGCUCAAUGACAUUACAUCAGCCUGUUGGUUUACUUACUUGUUGGUGUUCCUCACAGAUAUUGGACUUUCCCCAGGGGAUGCUGCAAUUGUGAUGCUUAGUGGACAGGUCGCAGAUGGUUUUAUGACUGCCUUUUCUGGCGAGCUGAUAGACCGGUUUGGACGCUUCAAAGUAUGGCAUGGUGCUGGAUCCCUGCUAGUUGCUGUUUCAUUUUCUUCAGUGUUUGGUGGUUGUAUACCAUGCAAAAUAAUGGGAACAGAUUCAUCGACUCUACAGACAAUUGGAUACAGCAUUUUUGCGGCUAUUUUCAAUAUUGGCUGGGCUGCCACUCAAGUGUCACACAUGUCUAUGGUCAACUGUAUGACACUGAAUCCGACGAGCAGAGUUGUGCUAGCCAGCUGCCGGAAUGCAUUUACUAUGGUUGCAAACCUGAGCUUGUAUGCCGUGGCUUUUGCUGUCUUUGGUCUUAGUAAAUCAAGGACUCAUGCUGAUAUAGAAUACCAGUAUCGUUGGAUUGCUUAUUCAUCAAUUUUUAUCGGAUGCUGCUUUGUUUGCAUCUUUCUUAUUGGAACUAAAGAGCCCAGAUUGAAAGAUUGCUUUCCGGGAAAAGUUUAUGCUAGAAUUGAAUGGACCUACUGGUUCCAUAAAGUCCUCUACUACCAGGUCGCUCUUGUAUAUGUACUGACUAGACUAGUGACUAAUGUCUCACAGUCAUUUCUUGCCUUUUACGUCAUCAAUGAUCUACAAAUGGCUCAAUCUUCAAAAGCUCUGGUGCCUGCUAUCAUAUACAUUUGCAGCUUCAUUAUAUCCCUUAUUCUACAGGAGAUGCCAUGGCCUGGCCACCGCCUGAAAUUAUUCUACUCUAUUGGAGGUGUUCUUUGGAUAUUUUGCGGUGCUGCAGUUCUUUUUUUGCCUCAAGCCAUGAGUGGAUAUAUGUAUAUCAUCUCUAUUGUUAUUGGCAUUGCAAAUGCCCUAAUGAUGGUCACUGGAGUAGGCAUGCAGAGUGCCCUUGUUGGGCAAGACUUGAAUGGAUGUGCUUUCGUCUAUGGAUCACUGAGCUUUAUGGAUAAAAUGGCAUGUGGGGUUGUGUUGUACUUUCUGGAAUCAUUUCAAAGUAAUGUCUCUUCAAAUACCACUGUGCUUCAUUCGUCUACACUGAGUUUCUCAAUCACAAGAUAUGCUCUGGGUUUUGUUCCAGCAAUUAGCGCUCUCAUUGGUGUAGCAGUAACAUACAGUAUGAACCUUGAAACUCCUUUAACGCCUUUAGCACAGCCCCUUCUGGCCUAACAAGAUUCACGAGGCUACUUUGACAUCAUAUCUAGAGAGAUUUUUGCACUGCAUUUUUUCCACAUAUUGAGAGUCAUGUUCUCACACUUGUAAAUCCUUUGCUAUAUCAUUUUGUUAGCACAUUUACCUCACCCCUAGAAAAAAACACGGGGAUAAAAGAAAGAAAUCAAUUAUAGCGCGUAGUUAUGUCAAUGUUCACAGCACUUCGAUUUCCUUUUUUUUCUAUAGGCAAGAACAAAAUUCUAAUUUCACUAUGUAUAAAUUCCCCCUUUCUUUUGUUUUUGUAA